AUGGAACAUUCACAUGCUUACAUUAAAGCUCUAGUUCAAGAUGUCAAAGAAAACAUUUUCCUAGACGUGGACCAUUAUACCCUUAUUGCCACGUCUGCUUAUGACACUGCAUGGCUAGCCAUGGUUCCUGACAAUUCUGACCCAUCGCAGCCCAUGUUCGAGAGUUGCUUGAACUGGGUGCUCACCAACCAGAACCAAGAUGGGUUUUGGGGAGAGUGUGAUGGCCAUGGCGAGCCCACUAUAGAGUGCCUUACUGCUACUGUUGCCUGCAUGGUUGCUCUCAAGAAAUGGAACGUUGGCCAGAAAAUGAUUGGCAGAGGUAUGGCUUUUAUUCGAGCUAAUGCAGAAAAUCUUGUGGAAGAAAUUUACGAUUCGUGUCCUCGUUGGUUUGCCAUUAUAUUUCCCGCAAUGCUGGACUUAGCACAUGCAAAUGGCCUAGACAUUCUCAUACACGAUUUCAUGUAUGCACGUCGUAUCAAUAUGUACAGGGAGGAAGUUGUGGAGAAGCACCAAUAUUACCCUCCAUUGCUAUCUUAUCUGGAAACCUCACCAAUUUGUAAUAUUGACAAAGAGGCUGUUGCCAAGAAUUUGUGCCAAGAUGGUUCACUAUUUCAAUCUCCAUCUGCUACAGCACAAGCUUUUAUGGCUACUGGAAAUAAACAAUGUUUGGCUUACAUGCAAUCUCUAGUCCAAGAAUGCCCUAAUGGAGUGCCACCAACGUAUCCAAUUGAUGAACAGCUCAUAAAACUUAGCAUGGCAAACCAAAUACAAAAGCUAGGUUUGGGUGAGCAUUUCAAUCAAGAGAUUCAACAAGUAUUAAAACAAGUUUACAGGAAUUACAUGAAUCAAGAUUCACGACCAAAACCAAUUACUUCAGUGGCAUCAAAGUUGUAUAAAGAUUCUUUGGCAUUUCGGCUUCUCCGUAUGCAUGGAUAUAAUGUAUCACCUCGUACGAGUUACUGGAUAUUUUGCUGGUUUUUACACGAUGAGGGAAUUAAAGAUCAUAUUCAAAAGAAUUGUGAAUUUUUUUCAAGUGUAAUGCUUAAUGUUCACAAAGCAACCGAUCUUAUGUUUCCUGGGGAAUAUGAAGUUGAAGAGGCUAAAUUAUUUUCAAGAAACUUACUUGAAAAAAGCAUACCAAUGGAACCAAAGGUUCAAAUGAACUAUCCAUUCCUCGAUUUUCAUAAUCUGAUCAAGCAUGAGUUGAGGUUUCCAUGGCUGGCUCGAUUAGAUCACCUCGAACACAGAAUUUGGAUCGAAGAAAAAAAUAAUUCUGCUUUAUGGAUGGGAAAGGCCUCCUUCAUUAGGUUUUCAAUCCUUGACGACGACAAGCUAAUGAAACUUGCAGUAAAAAAUUACGAAUUUCGGCAAUCUAUUUACAUGAAUGAAUUGGAGAAAAUAAAAAGGUGGUCGAAAUUUUGGGGUCUGACCGAAAUGGGAUUUGGUAGAGAAAAAACAACAUAUUGUUACUUUGCAGUUGCUGCAAGUACUUCACUGCCUCAUGAUUCUGAUGUAAGAAUUAUGGUUGCGAAGAGUGCUGUAAUUAUCACUGUUGCUGAUGAUUUUUAUGAUUCGGAAGGUUCUUUAGAUCAAUUGGAAAAAUUGACGGAUGCAAUUCAAAGAUGGGAUGGUAAAGGAUUGAGCGGCUAUGGUAGGACGAUUUUUAAUGUUCUUGAUGAUCUUGUAAGAGAAAUGUCAGCAAAAUACCUCAAAGAACAAAGAACCGAUGAUAUAACAAAUAGUUUUCAAUUUAUAUGGUACGAAACGUUCAAUGCAUGGUUUACCGAAGCUAAGUGGAACAAAAGUGGAUUUAUACCAUCAACACAAGAAUAUUUAGAAACUGGCAUGAUAUCUAUUGCUACACAUACUCUCGUUCUUCCAUGUUCUUGUUUCUUGGAGAAAAAAUUGCCAAAAAUGAAGCUCAAUCCAACCCAAAAUGAAACUAUUACUAGAUUGCUCAUGAUUAUCCCUCGUUUAUUGAAUGACAUUCAGAGUUACGAGAAGGAAAUGAAAGAAGGGAAAAUAAACAUGGUCUUACUACACAUGAAAGAAAAUCCAGAAGCAAAAAUUGAAGAUUCAAUUGCAUAUGUGAAACAAAUAAUAAAUCAAAAAAAGAAAGAGUUCAUGGAGCAAACUCUAAAAGAUGACAUUAAUGGAUUACCAAAAGAAUUCAGACAUUUUCACUUAUCAUGCUUGAAAGUAUUUCAAAUGUUCUUCGACUCUAGCAACGGAUAUGACUCUACCACCACAAAAAUGCUUCAAGACAUUCAAAACGCAAUUUAUCUUCCUAUACAAGUCAAAAAGCCAAAGCCUCCAUUACACCUAAUUCCCGACGCACCAAAGAGAUUACGAACAGUUGCUACCUAUCGCCAUCUUGAUCAGCGGUUCAACCAUUACAAUGUUAAUUAUGCUUCAAAACGUAAUAUUUUGCCUCAUAAAAAACAUCAAUCCAUGGCUAUGUCUAUGCCAUUAAGCUUUAAACUAUGUUUCAUAUGAUUAAGGUCUUGAGC